AUGUCUACCGCUCCCUCUUUUCCCCAACAUGCUGGCCGAUCUCCACAGCUCCCUCGGCAGCAACCUGGCACUCGGUCUUCCGCGUCUCGUCCACCACUGCGCGCCUCUCCGGUCGUUCCGUCCAAGAGAUCAGACGACGACAUCCAGUUCAUUUCAGCGAACCCAGUCAAGAGACAAAAGAUUACCGAAGCAAAAUACCACACAAAGGUGACACCUCCGCCGGCGCUGUCCAACAACCAGGCGCAAUCACCGCAGACCCCUCCUCAUCAGCAGACGGAUUCUCAGCUCCAACAAGCUAUCGGUGAAAUCGACUCUCAUUCGAUCCUCCCUGUGACUGGCGCUUGCCAAGAUGCCGGUCAGGAUACGGUGAACACACACGGACGGAGAGUGAGCACCGGCAUGGUUGGGUUGCCUUCCGACUUUCACGAUGUUGGGGCAGGCUUUGGAAACCGAGGUGUAUCUCUUCCUUUCCUGGAGAACUUUGUCUUGAAUCAACCGCCGAGGAAAUACAGACCCAUGAGCUCUCCUCCCCUCUCCCCGAAACAGCUACCGCCAACCAGCUCGCAACUCACCCUAAACAAUAAUGUUGCGAACCGAGAAGGAAUCGUGGGCAAUUAUGGCAUAUACUCUCAAGCCAAUACAUCGUUCUCUGAAGAGCAUUCCAGCAACUGGCCGGGAUUCUGCUCGGCGCCCACAUCAACUCCAAGGCAGAACUCUCCCACCGCCACAAACAGCCCACUUACACCGACGAGUACCACUUCCGCUGUGCACCCGAUGAACGUAGACAGAACGAUGUCAAGUAUGCCGCCGCCCUCCGCCCCUACUUCCCAUCAAUGUGAAAAGCCGUCUGACAAUUUGAGACAGACUCCUCCUGCGGUUCAACAGAGCACCUUGUCACCAGCCGACGCCAGUCAAGCAUCGGGGGCAAAACAGCCCUGCCAGCUCUGCGUCCAGAUGGCGCAACGAGCAACUCUUGCCAGGCAGCAGGGUACGACAAUGCCUAUGAUGAGCCAGAGAUUGCUAUCUACGCAAGCAAUGCCACCCAUGCCUUCUUCUCCAAUCCCACCAUACCCGCACUUACAUUCACAGUUCAUGACGAUGGGCCCACACAAUAUGCAAGGUUAUAGCCCUGGCUAUCCCCAUGUGAUGAUGCCAAUGAACUUGGGUGGUUUCGGUGGGAUGCUACAACUGGGGGGCAUGACGACUGCGCAGCAGACGACUGCACAUCAGCAUCUCUCAACAACAGCCACACCACCACCCACCCCCACCAAGGCCGGAGACGCGAACCAAGCCUUGCCAUCGACUCCUACCCCGGGGUCAAACACAUGCCCGGGCUCUUUCAAACCACCGGCCACGCUCAUCCAGCCAACCUACCGCAAGCCGUCGCCAAACCUCAUCGUGGACGUGGCCGAGACUUGCCAGGAGAAGUUUCCCUUCGAGGAGGUGGCGAGACGCCACAAUACGCCGGUUGACAAGGUGAUCGACGUCUUCGCGGCCAUCAUCCAGGUGCCGCUGCUGCGGUGCCCGACGGACCGGCGCAGGCCCGGCAAGCUGGCCACGAGCCGGGUCCGGGAGUACACUCGCGCCAAGAGAGACAUACAGGACGAGCGCGGCGCCGGCGGCAGCAAGGACGAGAUCGUUGUGCGGCCGCUGGAGAUUGCGCAGAGGCUGGGGCCUACGGAGCCGUUGGAGGAUUUCAGUUUGCCCGGGUGA